AUGGCUCCUCAAACAACCUCCAGCAUUGCUAUGGCUCUUGCUGGCAAGACUGGCAAGACUGCUUCUGUUGAUAUUCCGCAUGCAGGUGUGGGCCGCCCUACGCGACCCGGACAGCCUGCCAUGCUUCCCACGCCACCCAACUCUAUUUCACCAACUCUCCCUCCUACCUUCCAGCGGGUGACUCUCUCCCCGGGAUCUCCUCUGUCUACAGUCCCUCAACUGGACUCGGAUAUUGAUCUCCAUGAUGGCGUUGAGUCCAACUCUACCGACCGGGACGAGCUCGAUAGCACUGGCGAUAUCACCCCUGGCAUGCUCGCCAAGUAUCACCUCCCCGAGAUCCUGCUUCAGCAAGGACCUCUUGCCAUCCGCCACGUCAUGGGCCAUUUGACAACCUCAGUCCCUGGCUUUGCACGAAUUCCACCCGCGAAAGCACGCAGAUUGGUCGUGGCCGCGCUAGAGGGCCGAGGCAACGGCGGAAGUGGAGACGUGGUUUUCGAGAAGAUCGGUUGGGGUCGCUGGGACGCACGACGUCGUGGAGAGCCCGCUCGCGAUCUCGUGUCUGCAUCCCCUCCUUCCAGUGUGGGAGGCUCUCUCCAUCGCGGCGUCCAGAUCCAAGGCCAGUCCAGCUGGCAGGGCGGCAACCGUCACCCUUACCGGAUGAGCUUUGCCGAAUCUACUGCCUUCUCGUAUACCGACGACUACGGAAUGCACGGUGAUCUCGACGUGCUCGAGCACGAAGCUGACAAGAUGUCGCUGGAUGGCGAGGAGUACUGCUCGUCAUCGGAAGCGCCGGAUGAGAUCCAAGAGAACGAGUGGGACGAAGGCGACGUUACCGACGAGGAAGACUGGGCGCAGAUUGGUGCUGAUGCAUUGCGUGCACGUUCCAUGAACACCGGUAGUUUCAUGAACGACGCUGCGCGGGCCAAGCCUCAGCCUGGCGGUAUCUUCCCCGCCACCUGUCCCGGUCCCUCUCAUGCUCCCCAGAUUCCCCGCACCAUCGAUAACCAGGAACGUGCGGCUGUGGAGGCGCUCCUCCGACUGGGCUCCAUGUAG